UUCAAAGUGUUCAUCAAGUCUCGUUUGCCAAUAUGCAAGCGAUCAGGUGUGUUCUUCGCUGGCUAGUAUAGCUCACUACCUCCCGAGUCAAGCUGCAGCAUAUGAGCAUUUUCCCCUGUCUUCUUCCCUGGCCUCUCUCCGGACGACUUUGUGGUUCUUCUUCUCUUCCUUCUCCCCUGGCGCCUCCUUCUCCCCAUGGCGCCCCCUUCGGCAGAGCGGAUGACACAAGUAGGAAGACGCAUACUGGUGUACAAUGUCGGGCAUCCGUGGAGAUGCGAGACCCUGGGUUCUUUGUCUGUGCCAUGGCGCAGCUACGCCGACAUACACCAUAGCACAUCAUCGACACUUCCACUGCUCGGUGCCGACCACCAAGCGGUCAAGGCGGAUCUUCAUAACAGCAACACGCCCCAGGCUCCGGGCACGACUUACUCAGUGCGCAACACAUUGGUCAAUAAUGUCACAACAUAUAUAGACAUCCGGACAUUAGUUUGACCACAUGGAGAUGGCCGACAACGCGGCAUCUAUUGGCGCUAUUUAUUUGGCUCAACCUCUUCUCGUAUAGCACGUCAAGGAAAGCGCGGACUCCAGCCGAGCGACGUGCUACUGAAGAUGUGAUAAGAAUGUGAUAUGAGAACGUCACUCGCUCUAAUACUGGCGCACGAGCGAUACCGCCUGAUCCUUAUCUAUCUCGACGGGAGUCAAGCUUACCGUCCAAUGUCUUUGGAUACCGCCCGAGCCCUGAUGUGAACACUGGGGGGCCCUGGGCCUCGGCCCGCACACUAUAUAAGAGACUAGAUGGAGGGUCUCUCCGUCUUCACAGAAGCCUUGCCAUCAUGACCGCCGCCCCUUCCUACACUAUCGAUGGCUCCCUGGGCGAUACGGCGGUUCGCGUCGCCACCCUACCUGAUCCUCAAGAGACCAGAGCAGAUAAUGACGCCUUCGAUAUCGACCAGUAUCGCCAGCAAGUCCCAAAGUGGAAACGCAUCAGAGACCACAGCUUGACGCAGAUGCUUAUGAUGAGCGCGCUUGCUUUCUGUGGGCCGGCGAUGGGAGACGCGAUAGGUGGCCUGGGAGGAGGAGGUCUAGCUACACCAACCACUAGCAACAUCGCUACGGCGAUCUCCUACUCGAUGCUGGCUUCUGUGUGCUUCUUUGGUGGACCUAUCGUCAACACGCUUGGCACAAAGUGGGCUUUGGUCAUUGGCGCCGCUACGUUCCCGAUCCGUGGUUCUGCCUAUUACUGCAACUCCAAGUUCGGUAAUCAGUGGUAUCUGAUCCUUUCGGCGUUCAUUGGCGGUAUUGGCUCAGGAUGUUGGUAUGUGGCAGAAGCCGGGACGAUCAUGUCUAUCGCUCCAGGCGCCUCCCGCGGCAAAUACCUAGCUCUUUGGAUCGUCGCUCGUAACCUCGGACAGCUCAUCGGCGGUGCUAUCAAUCUGUCCAAGAAUCAUGCAAGCGACAAGAGUGGCGGCGUCACCCCAUCCACCUACCUUGUCUUUGUCGCCAUCGAAUCGGUCGCCCUGCCGUUCGCAUUGCUCAUCAGCCCGCUGGAGAGAGUUGUUCGCUCGGAUGGGACUCGGAUCAGGAUAGAAGAGAAGAAAUCGGCCAAGGAGGAACUCUUUACUAUCAAGAAGACUAUUUUCUCCAAGCUCAUCCUGUUGUCUGCGCCAUGGGCGUUCUGGUCGUUCUUCUACAGCGGCUCUUGGUCCACUUACCUGUCGCUCUACUUUUCGGUUCGCGCCAGAGCCCUAUCAUCUCUCAUCUCUCCCUUCUUCUGCAUUGUUGGGUGCUUUGGCCUUGGCUACGUUCUGGACCUCAAAAAUUACAGCCAACGACGUCGCGCUCAGUUUGGCUUGGCUCUCGUCGUGCUUACCAACGCGGGCGUGUACAUUUGGUCAAUCAUCGAGCAAGUCAAGUUCAUCCGUGAUGAUCCCGGGGCCAUCGACUGGUCAGACAAACAGUAUGCGGCAGCGUUCUUGCCGUAUUUCUUUGUGCAGACUACGGGGCCGCUCUCGCAGGUAUGUUGAUCCCAUCAAUAUGAUAUCAUAUGCACCCUCGCUUAUCUACCUACCCAGAGCUACAUGUACUGGGUCCUGUCAUCCUUUGCCGAUAAUGCACAAGGUGAUUGAAUUCUCUCGAGACGACUUUUGAAGCGUAUGUUCUGACUCUUCAUGUCAUCAGCCAACGUACGGAAUGGCGCGGCAUUCCGGUGUAUGGAAGCUAUAGGUCAAGCGGUCGCUUAUGGUAUGAACACCAAAGUCGGCAGCAACCCUCUAGUCGGAUUCUGUGUCACCGCUGGCCUAAUGGUAGCUGCGCUUCCGACUUUCCUUGUCCUCGCCAAUUCUACCCCGGACCGCAUUCCUGCUGAUAUCCUUCUCGAAGAGGAAACACGAAAUGCCAAGAACGAGGACGACGGGAUAGAGGACAAGAAAGAUCCUGCUCUUGCAACCAUCGUAGGCUCAAUUUGAGCUUUACGAACGUGGUCAAAGUCACCACCUCUACUUCGCACCAUUCCUUUCACCUCUGGGUACUGGCAGUGUAUUUGAUACAUCUCUCUUUUCGUGGUCCUGUUGCGUGGGUAUGCAUAACAUCACCUG